AUGUACAACGCAGUCCAUCCGCAAGAGGCACCUCAACAGAUGCCCCAGAUCCGCGCGAUGGGCUCGGUGGCCUCCCCGAUCCUCCUCCCAAUCUCGGCGACUGGGCCUGUGCCCCUAAGCCUCACACUCGCCAGCGACAACCUUUCCCCUAACGCCUCGUCGGCCUUCAGCAUGAUCCCAAUAUCCAUGGACGUUGAGGAGGGCGCUCCCCAGCCGGAGUUCAGGGAUAUCCAGCCCUGGGACUUAAAACACCCCGUCGCCGUCUAUGCAAACAGAGACGGCAAGCAGCUCCCCGUCUUCUAUGACGCCGCAACGCAAGAAUACUACCUCUUCACAAUCGAGGGCGCAGUGUUACUACAUAAGACGCCUACAAUAACGAUCAAGAAAAGGCAAGCCCGCCAAGUCCUCGGCCGGAUUUCCUAUUCCCAAAUUCGGAGAAUCACUGAAACCGAGCUUGCGGAGAGUAUCAUGAAGGGCAUAGAUCUUCCUCUCUCAAGCUCGCCGUUGGUGGAUAGUGUUUCGCUUUUAAGAAAUGCCAUGCAUGACUCAAUCAUCGUUACGAGGAAUAGUCGGCCUACUACGUUCUUCCGGUUCUGGGAGGAUAAGGAUGUUAGGGACUCAGGUACUUUGGGCUCAGACAGCUUGUUGAUGUAUCUGAGGCCGUCGAUGGAUGGACUUGUUGGGCAUAGAUGUGAUGCAUUGUGGCAUUGCGGGAAUAAUGUCAUCUACUGCUCCAAAUGCACCUCCUACCGUUUACCCUCCACCUGUCCUACAUCUGGGGACGCAGACAAAGCCGAUAACACGCUAACCUUUGGCCCACCCAUUCCGGUGGGCCGAGUAACAGUAGGAGUCCAUAUCACCCGCAAAAUAUUUGACGGGUGUCUCCGACCAGAUAAGAAGGGUCUCAAUAUCCCUCAUGCAUACCAGACUCUCUCCAAGAUCUUUCACAAGCCUACUAUUGAUUCUAUCCCAAUACCACAGACUUAUAUGGUUUCGAAUUUGCUCAAGGAUAGUCUGUUCGUUGUUGCCGAUAUGUUCCCGAAGACUGCGGCUGAAAGCUGGGCAGAUUACUUUGAUGUUGGUGGUGAGCAUGCACAGCAGGGGAUGUCCGGCAUGACAAAUGCUGCGGUGGGUGUAACAGCCGGCAGCGCGAUUAUUGGGACAGGUGCGAUGGUUGGCUUGAGAAUUGCGGAGGUAGUGGGGGUGUAA